AGGCAAGAGAGUUGAAGUGGGGCUAGAAAAUAACCCCCCCUACCCUCUACCUGCUCAUGUUCCCCAGCCGAAUAUAGUUACUAUAGUAGGAGAGGAUGGGAAACCAAGACCAAAGGCAGCAACUAUUUAUGUACGGAAACCUGUACAUAGAAUGCCAGCUCUAGGCCAUGUUGCUGUUGGAUUGUUUGCUAAAGCCGACAAAGAGGAUAAUGACCUGUAUGGCAGAAAUCCAUCAAGGGACCAGGAUAAUGCUGGUAUCUGUGCUAUGAUCCUGACAAGUUUCUCCUUCCUUGUAUUCCUCGCCACUAUGCCCAUCUCCCUCUUCAUGUGUGUCAAGGUUGUUCAAGAAUACGAGAGGGCAGUGAUAUUUAGGCUAGGACGGCUACGAGCUGGUGGCGCGAAGGGCCCCGGAUUGUUCUUUAUAAUGCCGUGUAUAGAUUCCUACAAGAAGGUGGAUCUUAGAACUGUUUCUUUCGACGUUCCACCACAGGAGGUGUUAUCCCGUGACUCUGUAACAGUGAGUGUUGAAGCUGUAGUUUAUUAUAGAGUAUCAAACCCAACCUUAGCUACAAAUAAUAUAGAGGACUACAGUCACUCUACCCGUCUACUAGCCGCCACAACACUAAGAAAUGUUCUAGGAACAAGAAAUCUUGCAGAGAUACUUUCAGAAAGAGAAUCCAUAUCCAAAGUAAUGCAAGACGCAUUAGAUGAAGCAACAGAUUCGUGGGGAGUUAAGGCCGAAAGAGUGGAGAUAAAAGAUGUCAGACUUCCAGUUCAUUUACAAAGAGCAAUGGCAGCCGAAGCAGAAGCAGCUAGAGAAGCUAGAGCUAAGGUGAUAGCAGCAGAAGGAGAACAGAAAGCUAGUCGAGCACUACGAGAAGCUGCAGAUGUUAUUGCUGAAAGCUCAGCUGCACUGCAGCUUCGCUACCUGCAGACCCUGAGUACCAUAUCAGCUGAACACAAUUCAACAAUUAUCUUUCCAAUGCCAAUAAAUAUUUUCGAUCAGUUUAUGAGGAAAAAAUAAUUAUUUCAUCUCAGAGGAAAAAAUAUUAUCAUUUCUUUUAAUGAGAAAAAAAUUACUAUCUAUGCCCGGUUCAUGAGGAAAAAUAGAUAUUUUGAAAAAGUUCUUGAUGAAAAAUUGAUCAUUUUGACAAUAUAUGAGGAAAAUAUUAACAUUAUCAAACGUUAUUCUAGGCGCACAGGGAAAAAAAUAUGCAUAUAAACACAGAGUAAGCAGUUGUAUUGGCAUCCAUUUAAUUGCCCAAUGGACCUGGAGAACACAGUCACGAAAGACAAACUUUAGAAAGACGAUUUUCGUUGGGAACUCGCUCUAAAAUUGGCUUUAACUCUAGAUUGGUGCAAGGACCCUAUUGCAAACUUCAAAUCCCCCCAAAUUGGUUUAUUCCAAAUUGAAUCUUUUCAGAAGUACUUCGAUGUCUUUUAUUGUACUCCAAAAGUUAGUUUUUGUCAGAGUUUGUCGUCUCUAAAGUUUGCGAUUAAAAAACUCUUUUCCAAAGUUUGUACCUCCAGUGCUUGUAUUUAGAGUUCGUUCCUCUGAAAUUUGUCUUUCCGACAUUUGUAUUUCCGAAAUUUCUUUGUGUACUAUUUUACCUCUGAGUCUAGGGUUGUUAAUCGUUUUUGAAAACUAUCAUUAAACGAUCGUUUUUUUCGUUUUCCUAUCGUUUUUGUUUCGU